UUUUUCUCCCCUUUCCCCCCCCCCCCUCUCCGUCUUUUCUCCCCCUCUCCCCCACCCCGUCUCCUCGACACCGCGGAUCCGCCGGCGCUGGCAGGAGCCGCAGCCGGAGGCAGCGGGCGAGGCGCUGCCGCCAGCCCCGCUCCGCUCGCCCCGCUCCGCUCCGCUCCCGCGGGCGCCCAGCCGUGUUUUGAAGGGAGCUAACAUGGCGACGGUGCCCGUCUAUUGCAUCUGUAGGCUGCCCUACGACGUAACCCGCUUCAUGAUCGAGUGCGAUGCCUGCAAGGACUGGUUUCACGGCAGCUGUGUGGGUGUUGAAGAAGAAGAGGCACCAGAUAUUGACAUCUACCAUUGUCCAAAUUGUGAGAAAACUCAUGGAAAGUCUACUUUGAAAAAGAAAAGAAAUUGGCAUAAGCACGACACGGGGCAGCCAACAGAGGUGAAGCCUGUACAGAAUGGCAGCCAGGUGUUCAUCAAGGAACUCCGGAGCAGGACCUUCCCCAGUGCUGAAGAUGUCGUUGUGAAAGUGCCAGGCAGCCAGCUAACAACAGAGUAUUUGGAAGAAAAUGGCUUUGCAGAGCCCAUCCUUGUCCCCAAGAAGGAUGGCCUGGGUCUGUCUGUACCUGCACCCACCUUCUACGUCAGCGACGUUGAAAACUAUGUGGGGCCAGAGAGGAGCGUUGAUGUCACCGAUGUCACCAAGCAGAAAGACUGCAAGAUGAAACUCAAGGAGUUUGUGGAUUAUUACUACAGCACCAACAGGAAGAGGGUUCUGAAUGUGACCAACCUGGAGUUCUCAGACACGAGGAUGUCCAGUUUUGUAGAGCCUCCAGAUAUAGUUAAGAAGUUGUCCUGGGUGGAAAACUACUGGCCUGAUGAUGCUCUCCUGGCUAAACCUAAAGUCACCAAGUACUGCCUGAUCUGUGUCAAGGACAGCUACACCGACUUCCACAUAGAUUCUGGGGGAGCUUCUGCCUGGUACCACGUGCUGAAGGGAGAAAAGAUAUUUUAUCUCAUCAAACCAACCUCUGCAAAUAUUUCUCUUUAUGAACGCUGGCAGUCAGCAGCCAACCACAGUGAGAUGUUUUUUGCAGACCAAGUGGAUAAGUGUUACAAAUGCACAGUGAAGCAAGGACAGACACUCUUCAUUCCCUCAGGUUGGAUUUAUGCAACUCUAACACCUGUGGACUGCCUGGCCUUUGCAGGACAUUUUCUACAUAGUCUAAGUGUUGAGAUGCAGAUGAGGGCCUAUGAAGUGGAAAGACGAUUGAAAAUUGUCAGCCUGACCCAGUUUCCAAACUUUGAAACUGCUUGUUGGUAUAUGGGAAAGCAUCUACUAGAGUCAUUCAAAGGUUUGCAUAAAGCUGGACAACAACCUCCUGCUCAUUUACUCCAAGGAGCAAAAAUUCUCAACGGUGCUUUCAGGUCAUGGACUAAAAAACAGGCUUUAGCAGAGCAUGAAGAUGAACUACCAGAAAACUUCAAACCAGCACAACUUAUCAAGGACCUUGCCAAAGAAAUAAGAUUAAGUGAGAAUGCUUCUAAAGCCAGCAAAACAGACGUGAGUGCCAACACAGCUUCUGAGGAGGUCUGCCCUGUGGAGAAGGAGGAGGCUCCAUCACCCAUCCAGACAACACCUCCACCCCCACCUGUUGAGAAGCCCCCUAAAAAAAAGACUCCCAAAACUGUGAAAACCCCCAAACAGCUCAAGCCAUCCAAACCCCCAAAACCUCCCAAGCCACCCAAACCCCCUAAGCCUCCCAAAACGCCAAAAGUGAAGGGAGAAGGAAAAAAGAAAGGAAAGAAGGCAAAAGAGAGUCCACCACCGGCCAUCCCGAAUCUCGACCUGCUGGAGGCACACACAAAGGAGGCUUUGACAAAGAUCGAGACACCAAAGAAGGGGAAGGCUGCAAAGAAUGUUUUAAGUGUUCCCAAUAAGGAAACUGCUAGUAAGCAGAAUGAGGUGGAGAAAUUUGAAGUACGAGAGCAAAAUAAAAGCAAAACAGAAGCCAAAUGGAAAUAUAAGAACAGCAAACCUGAUUCACUUCUAAAAAUGGAAGAGGAGCACAAGUCAGAAAAGGCACCUUUGUCAGGAAAUAAGGACAACAAAUUUACAUUCUCUUUCUCUAACAAGAAGUUGCUUGGUUCAAAGGGAGUCAAAACUCAGCUGAAUACAAGUGUGUUUGGGUCACUGCAGAAUUUUAAAGAAGAUAAAGCAAAACCUGUGCGAGAUGAAUAUGAGUAUGUGUCAGAUGAUGGUGAACUAAAAAUUGAUGAGUUUCCAAUCAGAAGGAAGAAAAACACUACAAAAAGAGAACUGCCCUUUUUAUCAGAUAAAAAAGACACUCUGCAGCACACUCCUGUUAAGAAGCCAAAGGUGGAGCCAGUAUCGUACAAGAGUGAUGACUCGUCAGAUGAAGAUUUGCUUCACAUUGACACAGAGGCAAAGCCAGGACGCAAUUCCAAAGUAAAGAAAGAGAGUGGAAGUUCAGCAGGAAUUCUUGAUCUUUUGCAGGCGAGCAAGGAAGUUGGAGGUUUAGAAUAUAACACCAACAGCCAGCCACCCGCCUCUCCCAGCACGCAGGAAGCCAUCCAGGGCAUGCUGUCCAUGGCAAACCUCCAGGCUUCAGAGUCCUGCCUCCAGACAUCCUGGGGUACCAACCAGGCCAAGAACAACUCCAUCUCCGCACAGAACUCUAAAAAAACGGGUGGUGGCAGCAACAAAAAUGCUGGCAAGAGGUUACUGAAGAAAAGCACAAAGAACAGCAUUGACAUCGAAGAUUACGAUGAGGAUCAGGACCACUUGGAUGCCUGUUUUAAAGAUUCAGAUUACGUUUACCCUUCUCUUGAAUCAGAUGAGGAUAAUCCAGUAUUCAAAUCCCGAUCAAAGAAAAGGAAAAGUUCAGAUGAUGCCCCUUACAGUCCAACAGCCCGGGUUGGCCCCUCCGUGCCCCGGCAGGACAGACCCGUGCGGGAGGGCACGCGAGUUGCGUCCAUCGAAACCGGACUCGCCGCCGCUGCCGCCAAGCUGUCCCAGCAGGAGGAACAGAAAGGCAAGAAGAAAAAAAAUACCAAAAAGAAGCUGUCUACCAGCAACGUGAACAAAGCGGCUCAGGAAGGCAGCUCUCCAGAGCCAAAGCUGGAGUCCCACGCCAGCAGCCUGACGGAUCACGAGUACACCGCGGGGGCCAGUGCCUUCGGGGCCGCCCAGCCGGGCAAGGGAGCGCAGCCCAUGGCACCCGGGGUUUUCCUCACACAGAGGAGACCCUCAUCAUCCUCGCAGAACAAUGCCUCUGCCAAAGGGAAGCGCACGAAGAAGGGGAUGGCCACGGCCAAGCAGCGGCUCGGCAAGAUCCUGAAGAUCCACCGGAACGGGAAGCUGCUGCUCUAGCGGCGGGGCCGGCGGGACACCAACCCGGGCCGCCGCCUCUUGGCUCCAGGCCAUCGCUACAAUAAUAAUCCCUUUAACUUUCAGCGGUCGGAGUGUACAGAAUCCUGCUAUAAAUAUUUUUUAAUAUAGAUGUCCUUUCUCAGAGUGCUGAGAGUGACUAGCCGCAAAAAGUUAAUACUAAUCCCGGCAGGGGAGGAGCGCGAUAGUCCCCCCGACCCGACCCGACCCCGGCCCCGGCCCG